GUUUAGGUCAAAUACAAUCCAACAUGGCCGCUCACAUGUCAAGAUUGAAGUGCUGGGGCCGAGUACAGAGGUAUGGCAUUGCAGUAUGUAGGCAGUACAGUAGUGGCAGUCCAUAUCCAAACGUCUCUCUGUCCACACCGUUAACCGGGAUCCCUAAACCUGUAUUUGCCUCUGUGGACGGUCAUGAGACAUACGAGACUAAAAUUACCACCUUAGAAAACGGACUUAAAGUUGCAUCACAGAACAAAUUUGGCCAGUUUUGUACAGUUGGAAUUUUAGUAAACUCAGGCUCACGUCAUGAAGCAAAAUAUCCCAGUGGAAUUGCACACUUUCUGGAAAAGCUUGCAUUUUCUUCUACAGCCCAGUUUGGAAGUAAAGAUGAAAUUCUCCUCACUCUUGAAAAACAUGGAGGCAUAUGUGACUGCCAAACUUCAAGGGACACAACAAUGUAUGCAGUAUCAGCUGAAGUAAAGGGUCUGGAUACCGUAGUAAACCUGCUGGCAGAUGCUGUGCUACAGCCGCGUUUAUUAGAUGAGGAGGUGGAGAUGGCCAGAAUGGCUGUUCGCUUUGAAUUAGAGGAUUUGAACAUGAGACCCGAUCCGGAGCCUUUAUUAACCGAAAUGAUACAUGCAGCAGCAUACAGGGGAAACACUGUGGGUCUUCCUCGCUUCUGCUCUGCUAAUAACGUUGAGAAGAUCGACAAAAAGUUGCUGCUUAAGUACCUACAGAGCUACUACUGCCCGGAGCGCAUGGUGCUGGCGGGGGUCGGGAUCGAACAUGAACAGCUUGUUCAGUGCGCCAGGAAGUAUCUGCUUAAUGUUAAACCAGUAUGGGGUACGAGCACACCUGCCAACGUCGACUUGUCUGUAGCACAGUACACUGGAGGCAUCGUGAAGUUGGAAAAGGACAUGUCUGAUGUCAGCUUGGGCCCUACGCCAAUUCCUGAACUAACACACAUUAUGGUUGGCUUGGAGAGCUGCUCUUACUUGGAGGACGACUUUAUUCCCUUUGCCGUCCUCAAUAUGAUGAUGGGCGGAGGUGGGUCUUUUUCUGCCGGAGGUCCAGGAAAAGGCAUGUUUACCCGUCUCUACCUUAAUGUCCUCAACAGGCAUCAUUGGAUGUACAAUGCUACCUCCUACCAUCACAGUUAUGAAGAUAGUGGUUUGCUUUGUAUCCAUGCAAGUGCAGACCCUCGACAGGUGAGGGAAAUGGUGGAGAUCAUUACACGAGAGUUUAUUCAGAUGACCGGAACGGCAGGAGAGAUGGAGCUGGAGAGAGCCAAGACGCAACUGAAAUCAAUGCUCAUGAUGAACUUAGAAUCACGGCCGGUCAUCUUCGAAGACGUAGGUCGGCAAGUACUUGCAACGGGGAAAAGAAAACUGCCUAGCGAGCUUUGUGACCUCAUCAGUAAUGUUACAGCCAAUGACAUCAAGAGAGUCACAACAAAAAUGCUGCGCAGUAAACCUGCAGUCGCCGCGUUGGGAGAUCUAACAGAGUUUCCUUCCUAUGAGGACAUCCAGGCAGCUCUUUCCAGUAAAGAUGGACGUCUUCCUCGCAUAUUCCGCUUGUUUCGAUAAUGGACCUUGUUGAACUGACACCACCUACAGGCAAAUAUAAGCAGGACUGACCCCACAAAUAGUUUUUUUUGAUGAGAAUUUAGGUCCAGUGGUAAGGACUAUGGUUACAGCUGUAUUAUGACUUAUAUGCCCAUUUCUAGCAAAAUAACGUUCACAUUUCUGCAUCAAUGAACAUAAACCAACAUUACAUGGCAUAUUUCCCAAAAAUGGACUAAUGCUAAUAAAUUGACUGUGUUAAGCAAUGUUUGCUAUUUACCAUAGUAGUAAGUAAAAGCCUUCGAUCAUUGAACUGUAUGGUGGGACUUACAUGUAUGCAAUGGGAAAAACCUGCCAAUCUGAACCUCCAGUACCUCAUGGUGUCUUCUUAGUACUACGUCAUGUAUGUCAGUAUCUAUCCUUUGUCAUGAGACCCCCAUAUUUAUUCCCUUGCACUUUCCAGAAGUUGACUGUUUUAGUUGAUGCUUUGCAGUUUCUUUUCUACUGAGAAAAAAUGAGCUAAACCACCAUUUUGCCCUGGAAUAAUAAAUGCUCGGUCCUUACUUGCCAGGGGCUUUCAGAUUUAAACACAGUAUUUUUGUCUCUGUGAAUGUGUAAUUGGCAUAUAAAUUUUAAAUGUUCAAUAA